GUUUCACUGCCUGUUGCUUGCCACUGUGCUAGUCUUCCCUUCUUCCUCCAGGUGUGUCCUGCCCUCUUCCUCUUCCUUUCAUAGAUGUAAAGAGGUCGAUAGAAGAUUGUGAAACUAUUGGCUAGGUUUCUGGUUAGUGGUGAUACUCGUGCAUUCAAAGCUGGGUGUGAAGCACAACAACAGCCAAGAUGUCAGAAAAAAAGAUGACGUCGAGUCGCAGGCAUCAUCUGAAGAGCUUGGUCCUCCAGAUAGCAUUUGAGCUGAUUGAAGUCGAGAAAAAGGAGGCUGAGCAGGUGAAAAACAAUUUCAUGGCUGAGAUCCCUGGCCUGGAUUUGUCUGGAGAUCAAGCGACGCUGAUGGAAAUGCUCAAAAAGAUGGCCCAUACGAUUGACAAGAUUGAUGAGGACAGAUAUGAUGCAGAAUCAAAAGUGAUGAAGGCUGACAAAGAGAUUGAGGACUUGAAGAUGAAAGUGAUUGAGAUCCAGGGCAUGAAGAAGCCAGCCCUGAAGAAAGUGCGUAUGUCUGCUGAUGCUAUGCUCCAGGCUCUGCUGGGCACCAAGCACAAGGCUUCCAUGGAUUUCAGAGCGAACUUGAAAGAAGUGAAGAAGGAGGUCAAAGAGGAGGCAGCGGAUGCAGUUGGUGACUGGCGCAAGAACGUUGAUGAACAGGCUGGCAUGGACGGCAGGAUGAAAAAGUUUCAGGGUUAAACACAGCUGUCUUUUGUUGUAUUGUGGUACAGAGAUGGAUUUAUAUGACCUUGUUGUUAGGAAUCCCUGCAGGAAGAGGAUCUUUGAUCCGAAAUGGUGUUAUUUUUUUUAUACUGUAGCUGUUCAACUAUUCGACACUAUGGUUUUGGAUCUCUUUCUCUCUCUGUCUCGCUCUCUCCGCCAAAUAAAACAAUAAAAAAUGUUUAAAAAGCU